CGUCUCAAUCAUGUCCCUGAGUCCACAUCAUCCCCUGUAGAGGGGGAAAACGGACACACCAAUGGCUCUGAGCCAGGGAAGGAAGCAGAGCAGCCAGCUCCCGAUGACUAUCCUGGUGGUCUGCGCAUGACCCUCCUUCUAAGCGCUGUCAUUUUCUGUAUCUUUGUCAUGUCAUUGGAUAUGACAAUUGUUGGUACGGCCAUUCCCAAGAUCACCGACGACUUUGACGGCCUUGAACAAGUUCCCUGGUAUGGUUCGGCUUACUUCAUGACAUUCGGUGGCUUCCAAUCUUCCUGGGGCAAGGUCUAUCGAUAUGUCCCUUUGAAGAUCACGUACCUUCUGACCAUGGCCCUCUUCGAGAUUGGAAGUCUCGUGUGCGCCACGGCACCGAAUGCUACCGCUUUCAUCGUGGGAAGAGCUAUUGCAGGUCUUGGUGGCGCUGGUAUUGCAGCGGGAGGAUAUACAGUCAUCGCCCUGUCCUCGAGACCUGAGAGGAGACCGGUAUACGUAGGUGCGAUUGGCACCACAUAUGGUGUUGCCGCCGUUCUUGGUCCCGUCUUGGGCGGUGUCUUCUCUGAUCGAGUCACCUGGCGCUGGUGCUUCUACAUCAACCUGCCUAUUGGAAUCGCUGCUACGGCGGUCAUUCUGCUUCUUUUCAAGGUUCCCGGAAAUGCACGCAUCACUGUACCUGCGACCUGGCGGGAAAAACUUCUGCAAACAGACCCUGUCGGUGUUGCAUUGACAAUGGCCGCCAUAAUUUGCUUCAUUCUCGCAAUGCAGGCUGGCGGCCAAAGCCAUCCCUGGAACAGUGGCUAUGUCAUUGGGCUCCUUGUGGCCUCUAUCAUUCUUAUGAUACUGCUAGUUCCCUGGGAGAUAUUUCAAAAAGAACGAGCCAUGGUCGUGCCUCGCUUGAUCAAGCAACGCUUCCUCUGGAGCAGUUCAAUUUACCAAUUCUGCUACGGUGCCUCUUACAACGUCCUCCUAUAUUAUCUCCCUAUCUACUUCCAGAGUGUCGACAAUGUGUCGCCGAUCGAGUCUGGUGUACGGAACCUCCCGAUGGUUAUUGCAGUGAGUUUAGGCAACGUCGCUGGAGGCUUCCUGAUGUCAAAGACAGGCUAUCCUGUUCCGCCGAUGAUCGCUGGAGCAGCCAUUGCAACAGUAUCCAGUGGCUUGUUCUACACUCUGGACAUUGGUACUUCCGACGGGAAAUGGAUUGGAUACCAAAUCCUCGCCGGUGUGGCUUGGUCAAUUCCAUUCCAGUACAGCUUGAACAUUGCCCAAGCCAAUGUCGAACCACAGGAUAUCUCUUCUGCAACAGCUAUCAUUUUCUUUGCCCAGAUUAUUGGCCAAGCUUUUGCUCUUUCGGCGGCGCAAUCCGCCUUUGUGAACGUGCUCAUCAACUACUUGUCUGCAAAUGCUCCACAUAUUAGUACGGCCGAGGUCAUCACAACGGGAGCGACAGGUUUUCGAACAGCCUUUCCACCUGAUCAAGUCCUUGAAAUCGUACGCGGAUAUAUGGAAGGCGUGAGGGCCACAUUCGCCGUAGCGAUUGGUCUAGCUGGCGUGUCAUUCCUGAGCGCCUUUCUAGUUCCGUUUAGAAAGAUGGGUGGAGGCAAGCCGGAGACCCCAGCGGGAGAAUGAUCGGUCCCGAAAAACCAGAAGGACUGGAAGGGGCUGCAUCGCCUUUCUUCUAUUCCGACUGACCUUAAUCGCAAUGCUCGAUCAAAAC